AAGCCCAUUUCUUUUCCAGUGAAACACAAAACCAUAAAAACAUAGGUAAAUUAGAAUCAGCACAGAAAAUACACAGGAAGACAAUUAGUCUUCUUCUUCUUCUUCCUUUUUUUUUUUUUUUUCCAUUUAAAUUCCAAAAAUCCCUACAUUUUCUUCCUUUAAGCUAUGGCGGCUUCUGUCGAUCGCCAAUAUAAUCCGGCGGCCAUGAACGGCGUCGUUCGGUCCCCAUUUACCACCCACCACCGUUCCGACUCACCGGUUCGGGGUUACAAUUUUAAUAGCUCUCCAAAUUCUUUUAAUAAACCUGCCGAAAUAAAAUUGAUUGAUAAUAGUAAUAAUAGUGGUAGUAAUAAUCGCUAUUAUAGCGAUAGUGAGGAUGAUGAUGACGAAAAUGAGAUCAACGUCUGGAAAGAGUUGAUCAAGAAAGGUAACAGCGAAUUAGAGCCGUCUACCGUGGACACCCGCGAUGAGGGGACGGCGGAUCAAUGGAUUGAGAGGAAUCCUUCAAUGAUCCGCCUUACAGGGAAGCACCCCUUCAAUUCGGAGCCACCAUUGACCCGUUUAAUGCACCACGGGUUUCUUACCCCGGCUCCGCUUCAUUACGUGCGGAACCAUGGUCCGGUCCCCAACGCUAAGUGGGAGGACUGGACCAUUGAGGUGACUGGGCUCGUGAAGCGCCCGGUCAAGCUCACAAUGGACCAGUUGGUUAAUGACUUCCAGAGCCGGGAGUUCCCUGUGUCACUAGUGUGCGCAGGGAAUCGAAGGAAGGAACAAAACAUGACCAAACAAUCUAUAGGGUUUAAUUGGGGUUCAGCAGCCAUAUCGACCUCGGUAUGGCGUGGUGUCCCACUCCGCGAUGUGUUAAAGCGGUGUGGGAUCAUGAGUUGUAUGAAAGGCGCCCUCAAUGUAUGUUUUGAGGGCGCCGAGGACCUUCCUGGAGGCGGAGGGUCAAAGUACGGGACUAGUGUCAAAAGAGAGUUUGCCAUGGAUCCUGCUCGUGACAUUAUCCUAGCCUACAUGCAAAAUGGUGAGAAACUUAGCCCCGAUCACGGGUUUCCCGUUCGGAUGAUCAUUCCCGGGUUCAUUGGCGGGCGAAUGGUGAAAUGGUUGAAGAGGAUUAUUGUGACUACUGCGGAGUCAGAUAAUUACUACCAUUACAAAGACAACAGAGUGCUUCCUUCUCAUGUUGAUGCUGAACUUGCAAAUUCUGAAGCAUGGUGGUACAAACCGGAGUACAUCAUAAAUGAGCUCAACGUUAACUCGGUUAUAACAACACCUUGUCACGAGGAAAUCUUGCCGAUCAACGCGUGGACUACCCAGCGCCCUUACACAAUCAGGGGUUACGCCUAUUCUGGAGGAGGAAGGAAGGUGACCCGAGUGGAAGUGACAAUGGACGGAGGUGAAACAUGGGAAGUAUGUGAACUGGACCACCAGGAGAAGCCAAGCAAAUAUGGUAAAUACUGGUGUUGGUGUUUCUGGUCGCUAGAGGUUGAAGUACUUGACUUGCUCGGAGCUAAAGAGAUUUCAGUCCGUGCUUGGGAUGAAAGUCUCAACACCCAACCCGAGAAGCUCAUUUGGAAUGUCAUGGGAAUGAUGAACAACUGCUGGUUCCGAGUUAAGACUAAUGUGUGCAAGCCUCACAAGGGAGAAAUCGGUAUCGUGUUCGAACACCCGACCCAACCCGGCAACAAGUCGGGCGGGUGGAUGGCUAGGGAACGACAUCUAGAGCUCUCUGAUUCUGGACCUACACUGAAGAGGACAGCAUCCACCCCAUUUAUGAACACAACCUCAAAAAUGUACUCAAUGUCUGAGGUGAAAAAACACAACUCAGCUGAUUCAGCUUGGAUUGUUGUCCACGGACACGUGUACGAUGCCACCCGGUUCCUGAAGGAUCACCCUGGUGGGUCAGACAGCAUCCUGAUCAAUGCCGGAACCGACUGCACGGAGGAGUUCGAUGCCAUACAUUCAGACAAAGCUAAGAGGCUCCUAGAGGACUUUAGAAUAGGUGAAUUGAUCUCAACAGGUUAUUCUUCUGACUCCUCCUCACCAGGUAACUCAAUGCAUGGUUCGACCAGCUACUCCAAUUUGGCACCAAUCACUGAAGCAGCCCCACUUAGGAACGUGGCAUUGAACCCAAGGGUUAAGAUAUCAUGCAAACUUAUCGAGAAAGUUUCGCUUUCGCAUGACGUAAGAAGGUUUCGGUUUGGGUUACCAUCUCAGGACCAGGUGCUUGGAUUACCUGUAGGCAAGCACAUCUUUUUGUGUGCUAACGUGGAGGAUAAGCUUUGUAUGAGAGCCUACACCCCUUCUAGCACCGUGGAUGAGAUCGGGUACUUUGAUUUAGUGGUCAAGAUUUACUUCAAGGAUCAACACCCGAGGUUCCCUAACGGUGGAGUCAUGUCUCAGCAUCUAGAAUCCUUGGAGUUGGGCUCAUUUGUUGAGGUGAAGGGUCCAUUGGGCCACAUUGAGUACCUCGGUAAGGGGAACUUCACGGUCCAUGGAAAGGCCAAGUAUGCAAAGAAGCUGGCGAUGAUUGCAGGCGGGACCGGUAUAACUCCGAUUUAUCAGGUGAUGCAGGCUAUUCUGAAGGACCCCGAGGAUGAGACUGAGAUGCAUGUUGUGUAUGCUAAUCGUGCAGAGGAGGACAUAUUGCUUCGAGAAGAGCUUGAUAAAUGGGCUGAUGAAUUUAGAGAUAGAGUCAAAGUAUGGUAUGUUGUUGAGAAGGGAAGUGAAGGUUGGCAAUACGACACCGGAUUUAUAACUGAGUCCAUUCUCAGAGAUCACGUGCCGGCAGUUGGGGAUGAUGUCUUGGCUCUCACGUGUGGGCCUCCUCCUAUGAUCCAGUUUGCAGUUCAACCCAAUUUGGAUAAGAUGGGUUAUGAUAUUAAGGAACAGUUGUUGAUCUUUUAAGCUUAGCUUUUGAGAAGUUUUAGUACAGUAAAUGGGAAGAUCAUUUACUAUACAUUCGAUCGGACAUUAAUUGUAUGCCCGAACAUUUGGUACUUGCGUAUUGGGCGCCGACGUAUGUGAUGCAAUGUGCGCAUAUAUAUAUAUUAUUCACUCGCCGGCACAUGAUGCAUGUAAAGCCUGUGUUAUGCACACGCUGUAGCGGGUGUACCUUCGGAUGUAUAGUAGAAUUCUAUUACAUUGAGUAUAUGAACAUUAUAUUCUAAAUAUGUAAUGUAAUUUGUGGAGCAUGUACUUCUGUUUUUUUUUUUUUUUUUUUCCCUAAUUUUUUGUACAUAUAAGCGCUCCAUUAGAUUGUUUGUCGAGAAGUGUUUUUUUCUUUUGGAAAAUUGGUUUAUGGAGGAUGAAGUAGAUGGAAGAAAGUCAAGUAAGUAGGCAAUGUGUCUUUUUUUUUUUUUUUUUUUCCCACUUUGUGGUACGGUGUCUGUGUAUGGGAGAUUACUACUCUGUAAUCUCCAAACCAUAUUGUACUAUUAUUUGUCUUUGCCCCGCAAUAAAUGGGCAGUAAAUUCUUGUAUAAA